AUGCCCACAAUUUGUCAGCAGAAUGAGAAAUUUCCAAAUGUUGCCCCUGGUCAGGUGACUCACUGGCACAGCCCCCAUUUCUUUGCCUAUUUCCCCACGGCCAGCUCAUACCCGGCCAUGCUUGCGGACAUGCUGUGUGGGGCCAUUGGCUGCAUCGGCUUCUCUUGGGCUGCAAGCCCAGCAUGCACAGAACUGGAGACCGUGAUGAUGGACUGGCUGGGGAAGAUGCUGCAGCUACCUGAGGCAUUCUUGGCUGGCAGUGCGGGGGAUGGAGGUGGUGUGAUCCAGGGAAGUGCCAGUGAAGCCACCUUGGUGGCACUCCUGGCUGCUCGGACCAAGGUGACUAGACAGCUACAGGCAGCAUCCUCAGAGCUGACUCAAGCGGCCAUCACAGAGAAGCUGGUGGCCUACUCCUCCGACCAGGCACACUCCUCAGUGGAGAGAGCGGGCCUGAUUGGUGGAGUGAAGUUAAGAUCCAUCCCCUCUGAUGGCAAAUUCACUAUGCGAGGUUCUGCCCUCCAGGAGGCCUUGGAGAGAGACAAAGCUGCUGGCCUGAUCCCCUUCUUCGUGGUCGUUACACUGGGGACCACGUCUUGCUGCUCAUUUGAUAACCUACAGGAAGUGGGUCCCAUCUGUAACCAGGAGAAUGUGUGGCUGCACAUCGAUGCUGCCUAUGCAGGCAGUGCUUUCAUCUGUCCUGAAUUCCGGCACCUCCUAAAUGGAGUAGAGAUUUCUACUUUGAGUCGCAGCAAAUUCAACGGUGAUGAGUUUGAGUUGAAUUUGUAUAGAUGUGAAAGGUUCGAGGCCCUCAGUACCACGCUUACCUCGCAGGACCUGAUGAGAUCUACUGUUCUGGAUCCUUCAUUUCUUCCCAGCUUGCACAUUGCACUUGUCUUUUCUUAUUCAGUUCCUAUAUGGGAAGAAGCUUACAUGAAUGAGGUGCCCAGAAGGGUGAAAAAGAGAAAUGACCUCACUGGAGCCUUCAAGCUGGACCCCGUCUAUCUGAAGCAUAGUCACCAAGAUUCAGGACUCAUCACUGACUAUAGACACUGGCAACUCCCCCUGGGCCGAAGAUUUCGCUCCCUGAAAAUGUGGUUUGUUUUCAGGAUGUAUGGGGUCAGAGGACUGCAAGCCUAUAUUCGCAAGCAUGUCCAGCUCUCUCAUGAGUUUGAGGCACUGGUGCGCCAGGAUCCCCGCUUCGAGAUCUGUGCUGAAGUCACUCUGGGGCUGGUGUGCUUUCGGCUAAAGGGAUCCAACCAACUGAACGAAGAGCUUCUCAGCAAAAUCAACAAUGCCAAAAAGAUCCACUUGGUUCCUUGUCACCUCCGUGGCAAGUUUGUGUUGCGCUUUGCCAUCUGCUCUCGUACAGUGGAGUUGGCCCACGUCCAACACGCCUGGGACCACAUCAGAGAGCUGGCUGCCGAAUUGCUUAUAGAUUUCAUGUCUAUUUUCCCCUGA